AUGGCCCAUCAAGCACAUCCUUAUCACAUAGUCGACCCAAGCCCAUGACCCCUUACAGGUGCCAUCGCCGCCCUGCUAAUAACAUCAGGCCUAGCAAUUUGAUUCCACUUCCACUCCGUGCUUCUUAUAACCCUUGGCACCAUUCUCCUGACUCUUACAGUAUGCCAGUGAUGACGAGACGUCGUACGAGAAGGCACAUUCCAAGGUCACCAUACACCUCCAGUUCAAAAAGGCCUUCGAUACGGAAUAAUCCUUUUCAUUACAUCGGAAGUCCUUUUCUUCCUUGGAUUUUUCUGAGCCUUCUAUCACUCCAGCCUGGCUCCCACCCCUGAGCUAGGGGGCUACUGGCCCCCAGCAGGAAUCACUGCUUUAGACCCAUUCGAAGUCCCCCUUCUGAAUACGGCCGUCCUUCUUGCCUCAGGGGUCACAGUCACCUGAGCUCACCACAGUAUCAUAGAGACUAAACGAAAGCAAGCAAUCCAAUCUCUAGCUUUAACAAUCUUACUGGGGGCUUACUUCACCUUCCUUCAAGCCCUAGAGUAUAACGAAGCCCCAUUUACAAUCGCAGACGGAGUCUAUGGUGCCACAUUCUUUGUAGCUACUGGAUUCCACGGCCUCCAUGUCCUUAUCGGCUCAACAUUCCUAGCCAUUUGCCUUCUUCGCCAAAUCCGUCAUCACUUUACAUCAGACCACCACUUUGGAUUUGAAGCAGCCGCCUGGUAUUGACACUUUGUAGACGUUGUGUGACUCUUCCUAUACAUCUCCAUCUACUGAUGAGGGUCAUA